AUUAAAUUUGGAAAAUAUGAAACAUGUCUGCUUCAAGCUUACACCAUAACCUGUCUCCAUGGUGCUUCUCUCCAGUCCUUACUAUAUUCUUCUCUCUGCGCUUCUUUUCAGGCAAUUUCCAUCUUCCAUGAUCCAAGGAAGGUUUCAUCUAUCUUUCUUGCAAAAUAAACAUUUGUUUGAAUUUCCAUUGUUCAGCUCAAACCUCUGUUGUUUUUUCUCUUUUGUUUGGUGGGUACCCCACUGAACAUGGCAACUGAAGCUGCAGGCUCUUCCAAGGACAACAAUAACCAAGGCCAUGUCACCACUGAAAAUAGGGCUGAUAUCCCAAAACAAAAGGGUCCAGCACCAUCUGAAAUAACUGAGGAACUCCCAAGAGAACAACAUGGGGCAAGGCAAAACCUUAUCUUGGAUAUUCCUGCAAUAUCUCAGGAGGAAGCAAGAGAAGAUUACGUGAGGAUAAACAUGCCUCUAACUCCGCCUCCAAGAAGAGUGAUUUUUUCUCCCUGUCCAAGUCCUGUUUUCCCCAGAAGCAAAGAAUCCCCAGGUCCCUCCUCAUCAAAAAGUAAAUCAAAUAUUAAAACCUUUCUUCCCAAACUCAGUUUGAAAUUUCGUAACACAAGUUCGGAGAUUGAAAAGGCUGCCUUCCUAGCACUAGAAGGAUCAACAGUGGCACCAAAAAAGCCUUUUCUUUCAAGGACAUUAUCUCUUGUCACACCUAGAGGGAAGAAAACAUCAUCCUUACCUGUAACCCCAAUUGCUCAUUCAAAUCCAGGGUCUGUACAUGGAGGGAACUUGGUUUAUGCAGAAACAGUUGAGAAAGAACUGAACUUACCAAUCCAUCGUUCCCGUUCAGUACCUGUGCUUAACAAAGAAGGUAACUCACCUGUACGUGGCAUGUUUCGCAUAGUUCCGACCACACUACGAUUGGAUGAGAAAAUUGCCAGUGCAACGCCUAUGACAUCUCCAAUUCAUGAUACUGUUAAAAAUGAGGAUGGUGGUGAAGAUAUUCCCGAAGAAGAAGCUGUUUGUAGAAUUUGUUUUGUUGAACUCGGAGAAGGUGCUGAUACUUUCAAAUUGGAGUGUAGCUGCAAAGGUGAGCUUUCGUUGGCACACAGAGAAUGUGUAGUCAAGUGGUUUACCAUUAAAGGUAAUAGAACUUGUGACGUGUGCAAGCAAGAAGUUCAGAAUCUACCUGUCACUCUUUUACGAGUUCAAAAUGGCCAGGCACAUAACAUGUUAGGGGCUGAUGCUUCUCAAUACAGGGUGUGGCAGGAUGCUCCCAUUCUUGUUGUUAUCAACAUGCUGGCUUACUUUUGUUUUCUUGAGCAGCUUCUUGUGUCUAAUAUGGGAUCUGGUGCUAUUGCCAUGUCUCUCCCAUUUUCAUGUAUAUUGGGUCUUCUUGCAAGCAUGACAGCUACAACAAUGGUGAGGAGAAAUCAUGUUUGGAUUUAUGCAACUGUUCAGUUUUGUCUGGUGGUUCUUGCUGGACAUCUUUUUUUCUCAUUGGUUCAUAUGCAAGCUGUUCUAGCUAUCCUUCUAGCUACAUUUACUGGGUUUGGAGUGGUAAUGUGUGGAGCUUCUAUUCUUAUGGAGAUUUUGAAGUGGAGGGGAAGAUCACUUGCUCAAUCGAAUCAACAGCAAGGUUCCCAAGAGGCAAUACCACCACCUGAUCAAUCAUCUACAGUUGCUCAUCAACCUCAGAUUGGUUCUGAACAAACUGAAAGUAAUUUGGGAGAGUCUCCUGCACAGAGGAGUUGACAGAAUAUAAUAUGACUUGCUUUUAGUCUCUAUUUAAAUUUUAAUCAGUUUUAGUCCCUACAUUUAAUAUAAAAAAAAACCAUACUUUUUUAUGUCCCUCACAUCAAGUAUAAAAAAAUAUGAUUCUUAAUAAAAUAAAAUAAAAUAGAAAUUAAUUUUGAAACAAAAAAGGUUGUAUUUUGAGGGAUAAAAAUAUAUUUAAGUUAUUUGGUGAAUGCUGGCAUCGUAAAGCUAUCUGGCUGUACAUAAUGUACAUAUUGUAUAGACAGGUUUGGGCACAUUAAACUCUUGUUCUCCUUUUUGAUGCCAUGAUACAUAAAGGAAUAGACACGUAUCAUGUAUGGCAUCCAUCAUUCCGUUGUUCCCUCUCUCAUUAGAAAAACAGACACCAAUACUUAUACGAGAAUUGCUCGGCCACUGUUGCUUGGUGCAGAGUUUAAGAAAUGUUGUUUUUAUACUACAAUAAUGGAUGAAGCCAUGAAUCUUCACAUUCAAAUUUAGUCCAUCAUGUGAUUGAUAACAUUUUGUUGGUAGUGCAAUUCUGUAAGUUGUCCUCUUGAA